UUUAUCAAUUUGCGUUACGAUCAUUUCCAAUCAAAUAAUUUAUUAACACAGGCUCAAGAAAUAACAAUUCUAAGGCAGAGAUAUGGCCGGAAACGCCGAUGCCAGAUACUAUCUCACUACCGGAUUACAAAUCGUUCGACAGGUCGAAUGAGACCAUUCUCGAAGACUCCUCCGGAGGGAUUCCUGAAGAUGACAAAAAUCCGGAUCGAGAGAGUUUGUUCUUCAGAGAUGGCAAGAGGAGGAUCGACCUGGUCAUCGUCUACGAAGAAGUAGAUUUCGAAGUCGGCGUCCUGUCCGAGGUGGACACCCAGCGACUCGAAGCGAGAAGGCAAUUCCAGAAAAACCUGGAAAAAGAAGGAUUGGAAUUAGAACUGGAGGGGAAACAAAGUUCGUUCGAUCAAAAGACCUCCUUCCUGAAAGUCCACGUCCCCUGGAAAGUGCUGACACGUUACGCUGAAGUCAUGAACCUCAAAAUGCCCAUAAAGAGCUUCAAGCGCCUUUUGCGCACAGAUACCCCGGCUUCUGGCCAGUAUUUAAGACGAUCAAACAAACGCCCGAGGUUUCUCUCCAUUUCCGUAAAAGCUUGGGAGGGCGAAGAGAAGGUCGCGGAUGCGGAGCCCUACUCCUUCCCGUUGUCGAAGAUCUUCGAACUGGACCCAUCGAAGAUCGCAGAAGAGCCGUCCUUCUACACGGCCACUUUCAGCCGAGACCGUGAAGAACAGUUUGUCGUCAAAGAUAGAGAGACUUUCUUCACAUCGGCCCAGAGAUCGCAGAUAGCCUGGCAAAUACUCCUGAGGACGAAAUACGACGAAGAACGAAAAGGUGGAAUCAGGAGGCUCCUUAGUAACGGAACUUACAUUUCAGUGUUUCCAUUGCACGAAGGCGCUUAUGAAAGAGAUGCCAUCAACAACCUCCAAUUGGACAGAAGAUUGUUAUACUUGGAAUGGGCCCGUCCUGGAAGGUGGUAUAAGAAACAGCCCCUUUGGCUCGUCAGGAAGUAUUUCGGCGACAAGAUAGCACUGUACUUCGCCUGGCUCGGCUUCUACACCGAAAUGCUCAUCCCUCCAGCCAUAGUCGGUCUUCUAUGCUUUCUCUACGGCCUUUCAUCCAUGGAUUCCACAGACAACAUACCAAGUAAGGAGAUCUGCGACGAGACGGGCCCUGGGAAUAUAACGCUGUGCCCUUUGUGCGACAAGGUCUGCAGGUACCAGAGGCUGGUCGACUCGUGCGUCUUUUCAAAGAUCACCUAUCUGUUCGACAACCCGGCGACAGUGUUCUUCGCGAUUUUCAUGUCUUUCUGGGCGACGACGUUUCUCGAGCUUUGGAAAAGAAAGCAGGCGGUGAUCGCCUGGGAGUGGGACCUCCAGUACACGGAAGAAGAUGAAGAACCCAGGCCGGAAUUCGAAUCUUCUGUCAACACGUACAGGACGAACCCAGUGACCAGGCAGAAGGAGCCGUACAUGCCGCCCACCCAGAAAGCGUGGAGGAUGGCCAUCACAGCUUCUACGGUCUUUUUCAUGAUUUUAGUUGUGCUGAGCGCUGUCUUGGGUACGAUCGUGUACCGGCUUUCAGUCGUGACUUACAUAUACGAAGGAGGCAACAUGUUCGUGAAAAGGCACGCUAAAAUCUUUACUUCCAUUACUGGUGCAUUGAUCAAUCUUAUAAUUAUUAUGAUUCUGACAAGAUGUUACCAUGAAAUUGCGAUAUGGCUCACCAACCAAGAAAACCCGAGAACGCAAAUUGAAUACGAAGAUUCUUACACUUUUAAAAUAUACUUUUUUGAAUUUAUGAACUUCUACUCAUCACUGAUCUACAUUGCUUUCUUCAAGGGACGGUUCUUCAGCUACCCCGGGGAUCAGGAUUCUAGAUCUUCGGAAUUUUCGAGGAUAAAAGGCGACGUGUGUGACCCUGCGGGCUGUUUAUUCGAGCUGUGCAUCCAACUCGCCAUUAUAAUGGUGGGGAAGCAGUUCUUCAACAAUUUCCUAGAAUUGGCCUACCCGGCAAUUAUAAACUGGUGGCGGAAAAGAAGUCACAGGUCGCAGACAAAAGACAGGACUCGAGCCUAUACCAGGUGGGAAGAAGACUACCAACUGCAAGACCCUGGGAGGCUUGCCCUUUUCGAAGAAUACUUAGAAAUGGUGCUUCAAUAUGGAUUUGUAACUUUAUUUGUUGCUGCUUUCCCCCUUGCGCCUCUUUUUGCUUUGCUCAACAACAUCUGGGAAAUACGAUUGGACGCAUUUAAAAUGGUCGCACAAUCCAGACGCCCUUUGGCAGAAAGAGUAGAGGACAUCGGAGCAUGGUUUGGCAUCCUUCAAGGCGUUACUUACUGUGCAGUUGUUUCAAAUGCAUUUGUUAUCGCUUAUACCAGUGAUUACAUACCAAGGAUGGUGUACAAGCUGGUUUAUUCAAAAACCAAUGAUUUGGUUGGAUACAUUGACUCUUCAUUAUCAGUUUUCAACACAUCUGAUUACGCUGAUAAUAUGGGCGUGGACAAGGACAGAAAUGAUGAUCUUGAGGCUGAUAUUUGCCAGUAUAGAGGAUACAGAAAUGGGCCGGACCAUCCUAUUGAGCCUUACGGUUUAUCUCCUCAAUAUUGGCAUGUUUUUGCAGCCAGACUUGCCUUCGUUGUCGUAUUCGAGCAUAUUGUCUUCGCUCUGACUGGGAUUAUGGCUUAUGCAAUUCCCGAUGUGCCUUUGGAAAUUCGCACGCAGAUCCAGAGGGAGCGCCUUUUGCAGAAAGAAGCGAAGUAUGAACACGGCACGAAUGCGAAAGAAGAAGACGAGUAUGACCAAAUGCUUACAGCUUUAAGAGACACUCACAACACCAGCAGGCUUAGCGAUGUGAUCAAGCGUGGCUCGUGGGGCAGGAGGCUCAGCAAGCAAUCGGACGACACGGACCAGACCUCCAGGCACAAAACGAUCAACACAUCGACUGUCUGGGAAGUCCCUUAACAAUCAACAAACACCAAUUGUGGAUUUAAUUUUCAAUCUUUUCAACUUUACAAAAUUUAGAUCGUUCUAUUUCAACUGUCUCAGAAUUCACUGGGAAAUAACUAUUUUUAUACUUACAAUUUGUGAUUAUUAUUCUACAAAUCAUAUCAGUGCGAAUGAUAUUGAUGUUACAGUUUUAAUUUAUUAUUUCCUUUAGAUUUGACAUAGUAUAAUUUUUGUAUAUAAGUUUCUUUGGAGAAGUAAAAUCUCUUUUCUCUCAUUCUAUGUGCCUUUAACAAAGCCUCAAGUAUAAUCUGAAACUUGUGUGUUCUUUAAUAUUACGUGCCUUUUGUUGGCAAUGUCAAUAGUAUAAAUUAUUGUAUUUUUGUCAAUUUUAAAACCUAAAAAUGUAAGAUUUAAAAUAAUAUGAUUUUAAUU